AGUCCCAGAAUGCCUCGCUUGCCUACGUCGUUGUUUAGUUUGAGAAUUCGAACACAGUGACGCGAUGGCAGCCGCAUUAUCCAGGGCUUUGAAACUACCAGGUAAAAAACACACCGGGCUGGGGGAGUACGACCCCCUGACCCAAGCGGACAGCGACGAGAGCGAGGAGGAGGAGGAGGAGGAAGACGAGCUGGUCCUCAACUUCCCCAGGAAUGGGUUCAACGGCAGCGCCCAAGCCUGCCGCAGUACCGGCCUCCAGACUCAGGGGGGCAACAGAGAGCGGGCCGCCGUGCGGAAACACGGCCGUCUGACGGGCGGACCCGAGGCCCGGAUCGACAGGGAGCCCGGUUCUGACCCGGAGCUCAAGGACCGAGCCGGCCGGGCCCAGCUGAUCAGAACCACGCUGUUUCUCGCCACGCUGUGUGUCUCUGUGCUGGUUGUGCUGAUGUGUGCGUUUCUCAUUCCCUGCAGGAAGGGGGCGCUGUGGCCCAAGCAUUGGAAUAGGAGCGUGGGGGAGAUGGGAGUAGUGUCCCUGCCUCCUCUGGAAUUAUGGGAUGUGGAUAACGAUACCGUCACCGAUGUCGUCAUAGCGACGACCCAGCCAGCCAAUGACAGCUCAGCAUCUCUAGUCCAUUCCGUCUCUGCUCUCUCUGGUAUCGAUGGCGCCCUCCUGUGGACCCGGUCGGUUCUGGAGGAAGCCCGGUUCAUCCAGUGUGGGUUCGAGAGACUGGGGAGGGGGUCCGGUCCAGCCUGCCUGCUCACUGGGACCAGCGCCCUGCUGCGAGCUGUCAGAGCGGACACUGGUUCGAGUCUCUGGCAGCUCUCUCCUCAGGCUCUGGAGGGACGGAUCACUGCCCCAGCUCUGCGGGUUCCGGAUCUCAAUGCAGACUCUGUUCCUGAGCUGCUGGUCGCCGUGCGGCCCGCGGACCAGCAGUCUGAUCUCUCUCUCCUGCUGGUCUCCGGAGCGGACGGAGCUGUGAUUGGUUCUAGGGUGACCUUUAACCUCACCGGUCAGGGCAAGCCGAUUGGCCCACAGCUCCAUGUGACCAAAGGGGGCGCCAUCUACAUCCUAUUUGGCUUUGGCAGCGUCGAGGCCACCUCUUUGAAGGACAUUUUCCUUCAGGCGAACAGGAAGGCCACCCCUCCCCGGGCGCUGCUCUCUCAGGACCCGGAUUGGGAGAAGCUGAGAGGAGAGAACCUCUCCAGUCUGAUUCACGUUGCCAGUGGUCAUGUUGAAUACUUGGCCUCUCUCUCGGGCUCCACACUGAGUUGCAAUGACCUCCUCAUCACCACUAGAGGGAGCCUCUCUUUCAUCAGGGGCUCCAACCUGCAGAGAAAAUGGAGCAUUCGCAUACCAAGAAUACAGAGUCCUCCAGUCUUUGGUUUCUUCAAUAAGGAUGACAUCCCAGAUAUUAUGCUGCAAGUUUCCACGGCUGACGGACUGAAAAAGGUGCUGGUGAUUGACGGCUCGAGUGGGCGGAGCCUGUGGCAGGCAGAGUUCUGCUGCCACCUGCAGGCCGUUGGGGGAACUGCGCUGGCGACAUCCACCGGCCAAUCAGCAUUCCUCUUCUGGGCCGAUGACCUUCGACCUUCCGGAAACGCCACCUCGCCCAAUCCCGAGUCCUUAGUCCUCCACCGGCUGUAUCUGCUCCACAGCACCUAUCCCACAAUCCUCCUGGAGCUGAUGUCAAGCACAGACACCAUUCUGUCCACCGGAGCGAGGUACGUGGAGCAACAGAAAGACGCGUUUUACAUCACCGUAGCGACGAGGCCCGCUCCGGAUUCUUCCAGCUCCAAGACUGGGGCUCAGGUAGUCAGCAGGCUGAGUUUGAAGAGGGCUGUGACCCACGCAUCGCCCGUGGCCCUGGGCCCCCCCUCGCAACCCCUGGGGCCUUUCGAAGUCGCCAAUUUCUUCAACAAACUGGAAUUUAUUAAAACGCAAAAGUAACAGAUGCUCCCUAUUGGUCAAUAUCGUCACGUGGAGGAGGAACAAAGGGAGGAAGCUGAUUGGCUGAGACCGCACUGGUUGCUACGGGAGCCAGGCAUGAUAAGAGACUAUUGGCUGCUCUGGGGAAGGGGGAGGGGUUAGAUUUGAACCAAUAAAAUAACUUUUUUUUUUUUUUAAACUAUUUAUUUUAUUAUUAUUUUAAGAUUAUUUAUUGUAUUUGAACAGAAGAAGGUUUUAAAUACGUCAAAUAUUUAUUCAGUUUGUGUUUAUUAUUGGGAAAGGUACGAUGAUACUAAUGUGGAAAUAAGUUUAAUCUGAGAAUUGAAUGCAGUGUAAAUAAUAAUAAUAAUAAUAAUAAUAAUAAUAAUAAUAAUAAUAAUAAUAAUAAAGCUGUGUUCUGGUACCAUGUUAGGUUUUGUUCAUGUGUUUUAGUUUGCUGGUUUAUUUUAGUUUUGCUACAAAGCUGAACACACACACACACACACACACUGAACCACACACUGAACACACACACUGACUGAGACACACACACACACACACUGACUGAGACACACACACACACACACUGACUGAGACACACACACACACACACACACUGACUGAGACACACACACACACACACUGACUGAGACACACACACACUGAACCACACACACACUGAACCACACACACACACACACACACUGACUGAGACACACACACACUGAACCACACACUGAACACACACACACACACACACACUGAACCACACACACACUGAACACACACACACACACACACUGACUGAGACACACACACACACACACUGAACACACACACACACACUGACUGAGACACACACACACACACACUGAACACACACACACACACUGACUGAGACAGACACACACACACACACUGACUGAGACAGACACACACACACACACUGACUGAGACACACACACACUGAACCACACACACACUGAACACACACACACACACACACACUGACUGAGACACACACACACACACACUGAACCACACACUGAACACACACACACACACUGACUGAGACAGACACACACACACUGAACCACACACACACUGAACACACACACACACACACUGACUGAGACACACACACACACACACACACACUGACUGAGACAGACACACACACACACUGACUGAGACAGACACACACACACUGAACCACACACACACUAAACACACACACACACACUGACUGAGACAGACACACACACACACACUGAACCACACACACACUGACUGAGACAGACACACACACACUGAACCACACACUGAACACACACACACACACACUGACUGAGACAGACACACACACACUGAACCACACACACACUGAACACACACACACACACUGACUGAGACAGACACACACACACUGAACCACACACAAACACACACUGACUGAGACACACACACACACUGAACCACACACUGAACACACACACACACACUGAGACAGACACACACACACACACUGAACCACACACACUGAACCACACACACACUGACUGAGACAGACAGACACACUGACUGAGACAGACACACACACACUGACUGAGACAGACACACACACACACACUGAACCACACACACUGAACCACACACACACUGACUGAGACAGACAGACACACUGAACCACACACACACUGAACCACACACAAACACACACUGACUGAGACACACACACACACACACUGAACCACACACUGAACACACACACACACACUGACUGAGACAGACACACACACACUGAACCACACACACACUGAACCACACACAAACACACACUGACUGAGACACACACACACACACACUGAACCACACACUGAACACACACACACACACUGACUGAGACAGACACACACACACUGAACCACACACACACUGAACCACACACAAACACACACUGACUGAGACACACACACACACUGAACCACACACUGAACACACACACACACACUGACUGAGACAGACACACACACACACACUGACUGAGACAGACAGACACACACACACUGAACCACACACACUGAGACAGACACACACACACACAGACAUUCAAAUGUUGCACAAAAAUGACAGGCCAUAGGUGGUGCUGUUGAGCUAAUGCCUGGGUUCCAGUCUGGAGGGCUAGGGGGCGCUAGCGGGUUCAUGUGAACGCACUAGAUUUUAAGAAACAGGGCCUGGCGCUCUCGUGAAUAGAAGGCUGGUUUCGUUUUGAAGAGAUUGUUGUGUGACUCUCAAUCGUUAAUUCUUUCAAGUCUGAUCUGUACAUAAGAAUGUGAAGCGAUGAAUAAAACAAACACUGAAACCUAA